GCAGAGGAGCAGCAGCAGCAGGGGACGCCAGGAGGAGCAUUCCUUCCCCGGGGUUUAUGAAUGGCACUGACAUGGAGGAAAUACGGUUUCAGAAAGUCAAGACCAAGAGGAAGAAGUGCUGCCGCUGCUGCUGCUCCCCCCCGGCCGCGGGCGCCGGGCUCGGGGGAGCCCCGCCGCCGCCGCGGCGGCGGCUGGCUGCCGUCGCCUGCGAGGACGACUUCGCCUGCAAGGAGCUGGAGUCCCUCUUCCAGAGCUACAACCUGAAGCUGGAGCAGACCUCCACCCUCAAGGCGCUGGCCGUGCUCAUCGUGCUGACCGCCAGCCUGGCCCUGGUGGAGCUGCUCUCCGGCCCCAGCCUGACCAUCUCCAAGGGCUCGCAGCCGGUGCACUGCAUCAUCUUCCUCUCCCUCUUCGUCGUCACCAACGUCAAGUACCUGCAGGUCACCCAGCUGCAGCAGAUCGUCAAGCUCACCCUGCUCUUCAGCUUCACCUUCUCCUUCCUCUGCUGCCCCUUCUCGCUGGGCGCCUACGGCCUGGAGCCCCCCAGCGCCCCCGAGCAGGGCAUGUGGCAGCUCAUGCUGGUCACCUUCGUCUCCUACUCGCUGCUGCCCGUGCGGACCCUGCUCGCCAUCGCCUUCGGGCUGCUGGUGGCCGUCUCCCACCUCAUCGUCACCGCCAGCUCGGUCCGCGCCAAGAGGCAGCGGCUCUGGAGGACGCUCAUGGCCAAUGCUAUCCUGUUUGUCAGUGUAAAUUUGUAUGGGAUCUUUGUGAGGAUUUUGACGGAAAGGGCUCAGAGAAAGGCGUUCCUUCAGGCCAGGAACUGCAUAGAAGACAGGCUAAAGCUGGAGGAUGAAAAUGAAAAACAGGAGCGUCUCCUGAUGAGUCUUUUGCCCAGGAACGUUGCCAUGGAAAUGAAGGAAGACUUCCUGAAGCCACCUGAAAGGAUUUUUCACAAGAUUUACAUACAGAGGCAUGACAAUGUUAGCAUUUUGUUUGCAGACAUUGUGGGGUUCACUAGUUUGGCAUCACAGUGCACUGCUCAAGAGCUGGUGAAGCUUCUGAAUGAACUCUUUGGCAAGUUUGAUGAAUUAGCUACAGAAAACCACUGCAGAAGAAUUAAAAUUCUAGGGGACUGUUACUAUUGUGUAUCUGGAUUGACACAGCCCAAAACUGACCAUGCCCACUGCUGUGUCGAAAUGGGGCUGGAUAUGAUUGACACCAUCACGUCUGUAGCAGAAGCCACUGAAGUGGAUCUCAACAUGAGAGUUGGACUACAUACAGGCAGGGUGCUUUGUGGGGUCCUAGGUCUCCGCAAAUGGCAAUAUGAUGUCUGGUCAAAUGACGUGACUCUAGCAAAUGUAAUGGAAACUGGAGGAUUGCCUGGGAAAGUUCACAUUACAAAGACCACCUUAGAGUGCCUAAAUGGUGACUAUGAGGUAGAACCAGGGUAUGGCCAUGAAAGGAACAGUUUCUUGAAGAAGCAUAAUAUUGAAACAUUUUUUAUUGUGCCAUCCCAUCGGAGGAAGAUAUUUCCAGGACUGAUUCUCUCAGACAUAAAGCCUGCCAAAAGAAUGAAGUUCAAAACAGUCUGCUACCUGCUGGUCCAGCUCAUGCAUUGUCGUAAGAUGUUCAAAGCUGAGAUACCUUUCUCCAAUGUCAUGACAUGUGAGGAUGAUGAUAAGAGGAGAGCAUUAAGGACAGCCUCUGAAAAACUCAGGAAUCGUUCUUCUUUUUCUACGAAUGUGGUAUACACCACUCCAGGAACUCGAGUAAACAGAUACAUCAGCCGUUUGAUAGAGGCCCGGCAAACUGAGUCCGAGAUGGCUGACUUGAAUUUCAUUACCCUCAAGUAUAAACAAAUUGAACGUGAGCAUAAAUACCACCAGCUUCAGGAUGAAUACUUCACCAGUGCUGUAGUUCUUUCACUAAUUCUGGCUGCCUUAUUUGGCCUUGUCUACCUUCUAAUAAUCCCACAGAGUACCCUAGUCCUUGUCCUCCUGGUGUUCUGCAUAUGCUUCCUAGUGGCUUGUAUUAUGUAUCUACAUGUCACACGAGUACAAUGUUUUCCAGGGUGCCUGACAAUACAAAUUCGAACCAUUUUGUGUAUUUUUAUUGUGAUCUUAAUUUACUCUGUGGCUCAAGGGUGCGUGGUUGGCUGCAUGCCUUGGGUAUGGAGUACAAAUUCCAGCAGUUCCAUUGUUAUCCUUUCUCCCGGUGGAAUGAAUAAAACAAUGAAUGAACUUCCAUGUGAUACAGCCCAUUAUGCUUUCCUUUCCUGCAUUGUGGGGACUCUUACCUUGGCAAUAUUUCUACGUGUCUCUUCCUUGCCAAAAAUGAUCCUCCUGCUUUUUGUUACUAUUUUCUACAUAGUUGUUCUGGAACUCAGCGGAUACAGAAAAGCAGUAGGGGGUGGCUCCUUUUAUAUGCGUGGCUAUGAACCUAUAUUAGCCAUUUUGCUGUUUUCUUGUGCUUUGGCGCUUCAUUCCAGACAGGUGGACUUGAAGUUACGUCUGGACUACCUCUGGGCUGUGCAGGCAGAGGAAGAGAGAGAUGAUAUGGAGAGAGUGAAGCUGGAUAAUAAAAGAAUUCUCUUCAAUCUCUUGCCAGCACAUGUUGCACAGCAUUUUCUUAUGUCUAACCCCAGGAACAUGGACCUUUAUUACCAGUCAUAUUCACAAGUGGGAGUGAUGUUUGCUUCCAUCCCAAAUUUCAACGAUUUCUACAUUGAACUGGAUGGCAAUAACAUGGGAGUGGAGUGUUUACGCCUCUUAAAUGAAAUUAUUGCCGAUUUUGAUGAGCUUCUGGACAAAGAAUGUUAUAAGGACAUAGAAAAGAUCAAGACAAUUGGCAGUACAUAUAUGGCAGCGGUAGGACUUGUACCAACUACAGGAACUAAGGCUAAAAAAUCAAUUUAUUCCCACUUGAGUACAUUGGCAGAUUUUGCAAUAGAGAUGUUUGACGUUCUUGAUGAAAUCAACUAUCAGUCUUACAACGACUUUGUCCUCCGAGUUGGUAUUAAUGUUGGGCCUGUAGUGGCAGGAGUUAUUGGCGCCAGAAGACCACAAUACGAUAUCUGGGGCAACACUGUAAAUGUUGCCAGCAGAAUGGAUAGUACUGGAGUGCAGGGUAAAAUUCAGGUGACAGAAGAAGUUCAGCGGAUAUUAAAGAGGUGCAGUUACGAGUUUGUGUGCCGAGGUAAAGUCAGUGUAAAGGGAAAAGGCGAAAUGUUGACCUAUUUUCUUGAAGGAAAGGCCAAUGGAAAUAGUUCACAACCACGGUCUUUAAACUUAGAGCGGAAAAUGUACUCCAACGGGAGAACAAACAUUCAAACCAAACUGGGCACCAGUUGUCCAUCAGUGUCCUCAGUCGCCAGCUUUACUGUAAAAGCUGGGAUUGGAGCACUUCAAGCAUCAACAACCCAUACAAAUCAAACAUUACAUUACCUUCCUUCUGUGCCAGCUGUGAAAGAAGUAUAGAGCAAAGAAAAUUUGGUUAUGGCAUUUGCAGUGAACUCAGAGAGCAGAGGUUGUCUGAAUUUUCACCAGGAGGUCAAGGAUCAUAGGCCAUGGCGUCAACCAAGGAUCACUACAACCCAACCAAAGAGAACUUGGGAACUGCAUAAAUGAACUCUUGGAGUGGAACAAAUAAGGGCUAGCAAUUCUGUUAGGAAAAGUCUAAAGCCAAUUUUUUGGAAAUAUGGACUAUUUUCUUGGCAUUUUUAAAGGAUAAAUGCUAUAAUUGAAAAAAGUGUACACAUGACACUGCAUUUGUGUGUGUGAAUAUAUAUAUAUUUUAAAUCUAUAUAUGCACAUAUACAAACACUCCUAUAUAGAGAUAGAUAAGAGAGAUUUAUAUAUAUAUAAAAAUAUGUAUUCAUGUACACAUCCACCUGCAAUGGCAUAAGGGAUAGAUUUCUCUUACCACCAUAUCCAGUAUUGUUGGGUCUGAGGUUAGUAAAGCUGCUAUUAGGAAAGGAGGGUGAGAUGAUUGAAAAUAAUUUGGGGCUAUAGCAAGAGUUAUGGAAACCUUGUUCUACUGCUUGAAAUAAGGAAACAAGAAUUCGUCAGCGAUUGGUAAAUGAAGGUUGAAUUAAAGCCAACUGCCAAAUUGUAUCUUUUAAAGUUUUAUUUGCAUGUUCAGUAACUUUGAAUGCUUUCCAGUUACAAUUACAACACAAUGCUAUGAGGUAGACAAGAGACGGGGCUUAGGAAUUUGACCAGAUACUAAUAAAUGUUCUUUCCAUUGACAAAGAAGGUUGCUAAAAUACUGUCUUUCUGUAGGACAUUUUAGCCUUGUAUGAGACAGAGGUGCCAUCCUGCAAGUACAGCAAUAUGCUUAUGAAAUAUAGAACAGUUUUUCCUGUUUUAAGCACAUUGCGAAUUGUAUUGAAGGUAGAGAACAGUGGGACACUCUCUUUUUGCAGUAGCAGACUUUCACUGAAAGCACAGAUUUUCUUGCUCAGUGAAGAUUUAGGCCUGUUUGAACCGAUCAAAGGGCUGACCAGUAUCAGUUACAAAUGUGCUGUUGGUAUUGUUAUAUUUGUACAUUAGCCAACAUUUUUUUUAAUUGAUGCCACUGUUUUAUUAUAUAUCGUGAUUCAACACCAGGCUUCUUGUUCUUAGUUACACGAUUACAGAAAGUAUAUACCUAUUUUUGAAGAUAGGACUCUGAAAGGCGAGCACAUCAAACUUUCUCCAAAUGAUGAUCACGUUGGUAAACUUCCCCAGAGGUUGAGGGCUGCUCUUCAUUUGCAAAAAAGGGAACAUUUUUCAGCUGCUCUCAUGAUCUCAUGGAUAAGUUUGUAUUUCAUCUUAUACCACACCCAUUACUGUGGUAUCCGAACACCUAUAUUAAGCCUUAAGGCAUACACCCAGUCAAGUUCUAUAGGCUACAUCUUUCGUAAACUGCCCGUCCAUAGGCCAGUGUGCUUGCAAUGAUCAUUGCAUUCCCCCAAGAGUUCUGAAGGAACUCAAAUAUGAAAUUGCAGAGGUACUAACUGUUGUAUGUAACCCAUCACUGAAAUCACUCUGUACCAGAUGAUUGGAAGGUAGCUAAUCGAAUGCCAAUUUUUAAAGAGGACUCUAGAGGAGAUUCUGGCAAUUACUGGCCAGUGAGCCUAACUUCAGUACCAGGCAAAUUGGUAGAAACUGUAGUAAAGAACAAAAACACAUAGAAAAACACAGUUUGUUGGGGAAGAGUCCACAUGGCUUUUGUAAAGGGAAAUCAUGCCUCACUAAUCUAUUAGAAUUUAUUGAGAGUCAAUAAGCAUGUGGAUAAGAGUGAUCCAGUAAGUAUUGUGUAUGUGGAUUUUCAGAAAGCCUUUGACAAGGUCCCUCACCAUAGGCUCUUAAGGAAACUAAGUAACCAUGGGAUGAGAGGGAAGGUCCUCUCAUGGACCAGUAACUGCAAGAUAGGAAACAAAGGGUAGGAAUAAAUAGUGAGUUUUCACAAUAGAGCGAGAUGAACAGCAGGGUCCCCCAGCCAUCUGUACUGGGACCCGUGCUGUUCAACAUAUUCAUUAAUGAUCUGGAAAAGGGGGUGAAUAAUGAAGUGUCACAGUUUGCAGAUGACACAAAAUUAUUCAAAAUAGUUAAGUCCAAAGCAGACUGAGGAGUUACAAAGGGAUCUCCCAAAGCUGGGUGACUGAGCAACAAAAUGGCAGAUUAAAUUUAAUGUUGCUAAAUGCAAAAUAAUUCACCUUGGGAAAAAUAAUCCCAGCUGUACAUAUAUAAUGAUGGGUUCUAAAUUAGCUGUUAACACCCAAGAAAGAUCUCGGAGUUGCUUUGGAUAGUUCUCUGAAAACUCCUGCUCAGUGUGCAGCAGCAGUCAAAAAGGCUAAGUAUAUCCUAGGAACUAUUAGGAAGGGGAUAAAAAAUAACAUAGAAAAUAUCAUAAUGUCACUAAUAAAACCAUAGUAUGCCCACACCUUGAAUAUUGUGUCCAGUUCUAGUCACCCCAUCUCAAAAAGGAUAUAGUGGAACUGGAAAAGGUUUCAGAGAAGGGCAACAAAGAUUAACGGCUUCCAUAUGAUAAACUAAAAAGAUUGGGGCUGUUCAUCUUAGAAGAGAAAUGACUAAGUGGGAAUAUGAUAGAAGUCUAUAAAAUCAUGAAUGUUGUGGAAAAAAACAAACACCAGGGGUCACCUGAUAAAAUUAGUAGGCAGCAGGUUUAAUGCAAAGAAAAGGAAGUAGUUUUUCCACACAUUGCACAACUAAUCUGUAGAACUCAUUGCCCUGGGAAGUUGUGAUGUCCAAAAGCAUAACUGGGUGAAAAAAAUAACAGGGUAACUUCAGGGAGGAUAGGUCUAUCGAUGGCUAUUAGCCUGGAUGGUCAGGAACGCCAAUCCUAAAUCUCUGACUGCCAGAAGUUGGCAGUGGACGAUGGGUGGAUCACUCCACAAUUUCCCUUUCUGUACACUCCCCCUUAAACUCUGCCAUGGAUCACUCUUGGAGACAGAAUAUUGGGCCUGCCCACUAUAGGAGCUCUUUUGUUCUUAUUUUAAAGGGUUUUUUAAUGGGGUCUCUUUAUGGACAAAUGUUGUCCCAACAGUUGCAGCGCGUGGGAGUAAACAUGAUGAAGUUUGUUUUCAGCUCUCCAGGUAGCCAAAUCAAUGCUAUAUUGUGUAUCAUGGAUUUGUAGAAGUUAUUUUAUUCAGUUCUGUAGCAAUUUUCAGUGUGUCAGUACAGUGAUUGAAAGGCUAGAUUUGCGGUUAAAGCACUGAACUAGAUUGAUCUGAUUCAAUUCCAGGCUCUGCCACAGAUUUCCUGUGUGACCUUGGUCUAGUCACUUCAUCUGUGUGUAUUUCCAUCUUCAGAUUGGGGAUAAUAAUAGUUCCCUGCCUCAUAAAGGUGUUGCUGGGAGUAAAAUCAUUAAUUCAAAUACUAUGGUGAUGAGGGCCCUCUAAGUAAACGGAUCACACACGUUAGCAAGAACAAAAAAUUGCAUAAUUUAAAUUGAAGCAAACUGUAUUAAUGCAACACUGAGCUUGUAUUGUUGAAAUAAAAAGUUGUCAGGAAAUGCAAAGGAUGAGGUUCCAAGAGCUAUGAGAACCUGGUCUAUAAACUUUGCAUAUCCUGUAUGUUUUAUAAUAUGCAUUUUAUGAAGUAAAACAACCUCUGUUAAGCUAGACAUUUAACCAAAAUGGAAAAUUCUGUAUAGGUGCAAUACCAUCGGUUAACUUAUGCACUUACUUACUUUGUGAGUUAAACCGUAGAGUUUAGGGUCAUUCAUUCCUACUACAAUUACAGUUGUUAUGUCAAAUUAAAACCAUUUUUUUUGCAUUUACAAUUACUAUUAAUAGUAAAAUUACUGUAGCACCAGGCGCCCCAGUCACGGACCAGGACUCCGUUGCGCUCGGUGCUGUACAAAUAGAACAAUUAGUCGGUCCCUGGCCCCAAGAACUUACAAUCUAAAUAAUUGUCUAGGGUUUUUAAAAACAGGAAAUAUUAAGGGGAAAUUGCCUUGGCAUCUAAUGUCACUGAGGCGAUAAACUGAGGAAAAGUGAAUUCCUCCCCUUGCUGUUGCUAUAGUUGGGGUCAGUUCUGCAAUGCAGGUUUAACAAGGCAGCAGUACAUCUGUUUACAUUGUGAUGGCUGCAUCUUCCCAAUGAAAAAAACAGAUGUUUUAAAAAUUAAAACAAAGUUACCUGUUUUGCAGCCAUUACAGAACACACUACUAGGCACCCAUUCUAAUAAUGUUAGAGUGAAAGUAUAUUUUCGCCUUUCUGCUCUCGUUUCCUAUUUGUCUGACUUUUCCAAUUUCAUUUCUCUGUGUACAUUUUUGUAUCCUCUUUUAAAUGACAUAUUUCUGUAGUCUCUCCACCCUUCUACAUUCCCAUGUAUGCCUUUAGCAAGCUUUAUGCAGGAAAGAUAAUAGAGGUAAUACCUGCUCAGCCUACAAAAGCAUGUGAUUCUUGACAAAUUUGAGAAAUGUCCUUGUGUUUCUUUGCGGCAACCGCCUGAAGAUAAUAAUUGGCCUGAUCCAAAGGCCAUGGAAGUAAAUAUAAAGCUUCCCAUUGAUUUCAGUGGGCUUUGGAUCAGGGUGCAUUUCACCUAUAUUAGAUUUAUUAUUUUUUCAAUUAAUGUUUUGCAUUGGAUCUUGCUUUAGCCCCAUUAAGGGGUCAAUGCUGCCAUUUGAUAUAUAUAUAUAUAUAUAUAUAUAUAUAUAUAUAUGUAGUUCCCAUUUUAAUUAAGAGAAGUUAUAUGGACACAUCAUGGGCAGAAUAGUGUCCUAAGGUUACAUUUAUUCUUGUGUAGCUGUUGGCUUGAACAGUUAACUGGGAGGAGCCCUACAAUAUACUGGUUCCAGUUUUGGCAAGAUGUCUUUAAUGUCUGUGAAUUGCAAGCACAAUAUUUCACAUCAGUUUGCAUGUUUUCUCUUAAGAUAAUAGUAAUAAUUUUAAAGUCUUUCAUUCUUUACAUAAGCAGAUAAGCAUCAGAGGUCUUCAAACCUCCUUCUCUCUUGGGAACUAAUUUCAAAAUGUUCCCAUGUUACAUUUGUGUUUUAAAUGAUUUUUUUUUAUUCUACCAUGAUUACAAACUGGCAUUCAGCUGAAUUACUGGCUAGAUAUUUCCAAACAUUUAACACAUUGAUCGAUUAAAAAGCAAUUUUACCCAACAGGUAAAGUGCAUUGUUUCUCUGUAGAUGUUCUUACCUGUGAGUAUUGACAUUCCAUUACCACCACCUGAAAUACAAGCACACUUAUAAUAGUUAGCUCUGCUCCCUUUAGGUGAGAUUUUGGGAGAGCCUGAACUUUCAGCUCAUCAGGCCUGAACCUGUAUUCUUUAUGCACCCAAAAGUUCUAUGGAAAUCAAUGAAUGUAUGGGGUGUAGAAGAAGUUUAGUACUUGGCCCAGUGCGUGCCAGAUUGUGCUUUUGGUUACACUAAAGUAACUCUCCAGUAUCGCCAUCAAAGUUGCUCCUUAUUUAGAACAGUGUAACAGAAUGGAUUACAGACUUAAAUAUCUCUCAUUUUUGCCUGUAUUGUAACUAUAAGGCAAAGAAAGUACUUGGGAAACAUCUGUGUGUGUCUGUCCUGUUCCAUUUCAAAACUUAGGAAUUGAAUCUAUUAAUAAGUGGUCAAUAUGAAUAAUUUUAAUUCAUUUGAUUGUCUGCUUGUAGCACAAGUUAAGCAUUUACUCUACCAUCAGCAAGUCCGAAUUCUGCACAUGUUCUGUCCAGUCAGGAGGACUAUUUAGCCAUAAUGUUCUUUCAAGUUACAGUUUUGUAUUGCAGUGACAACAAACAUUUUUUAAUUUGUGAUAAAACUGUAUUAUAAUGCCUUAUUUAUUUGUAAUCUUGUACAGUGUUAAACAUUGGCCUUUCAUGUAUUAUUCACUUAAGAGGUAUUGUAUGAAAUUUUGUAAAUAGUUUUAGCUAUGACAGAUUAUUGCAUGUACACUUGUAUAAAAAAAAAGGCACACUUUUAACAAAUGUUAAUGAUUUUUGUAACAGAGGUUUUACAUGCGCAUGAAGAUUAUAAAUCCUUUGGAAAUGGACAUCCUUUUGUUUUUCCUUGCAAUCUACUGCAUGCCACACAUGCCUGACUUCAGUAAAACAAAAGAAAACAGUAAGUUUUUCCUAAAUAUUUUUGACAUAUCACUUUUGACGGAGUUUAAUCCAUACGUUGCAUGUGCAUUCUGCAAAGCAAAUUCAAAAUACAAACAGCAAAACAAAGAGAAACUGUAACCUAAUAAUCACGCCAACCUCAGUGUUGCUAAAUCCAUGUUAUGGUAUAUGAAAUGUGCUAUCAACAUCUAUGCUAUCUUUUUAAAAGUACCUUUUGGUCAUUAGAAGCAAUAAAUUAAACACCAUUUACUGUAAAAUAAAAAUGAAUGGAAAUAUUAGUGUCUAACAGUGUAACAAUUCUGGCAUUCAAUAGGUACUGUUUGAUUUAGGACAGGCAUCAAGGGAGAAAAAGCCGUUGUCAAAUUCAUAAGUGCAGUGAGCAGGCACAAUUCAUUUGAAGAGAAAGAAAGUAAAUUUGGCCCAUUGGUGUUACCCAGAUUGUUUUUUAAUGUAGUAAUAAAUACUACAGUUAUUGUAUCUGAGAAAUACACUAUACAAAUACAUCAUUUUCAUAUAAAUAUAUAUAUAUAUAUGUGUGUCUAUAAUAAACAUUUCAUUUUAUGGCCUUAUUUUUUGACUCCUGUUGUUGCAAAAUGAACCGUAGUUCAAAAUAUAAGAGUGCUGCAUAUAAUUGUGUUUAAAAAUAAAAAAAUGUAAACUUGGCUUUUUUAUAUUGGUUUUUCUGGGACCUCCUGUAGAAGGCCCCAGUCGUACUCCCACUGAAGUCAAUGGCAAAUCCCCCAUUGGCUGCAAUGGUGCAGUAUCGGACCCUGAGCCAGAUUCUGAUGUCAAGUGCACUUGUAUAACCGAUCGGAAUCUGUCCUUUUAACUGAUUGUAGUUUAUGCUUCAAAGCAAUUUAAUCCCAUUUGUUGCAGGGAAGAUGGGAAAGUUAUUCCAAAGCCAGUCUCCUAUUCAAUAUCUCAUUAAAACUUUAAAUCCUUAUAAUGUUGUGUUGUAAUAUCUGUUACUAUAGCUAAUAGUAUUUGACAAACUAUUUACACAACUGCAAUUCUGCUACAUAAUAAUUCAAUAAUAUAUUUGAGACCACUAACCACAGAACAGCACUGAGGCUGAUGGAAGUAGAAAAAGUGUAUGCACUAUGUAUAGUAUACAUAACUUAUGCUGUGGGUUAACAUGGACUUCUUACAUUUUGCAGACUUUUAUCUAGUAUUAUUACAGGGCUUGAAAUCCUUUCACAUGACUGCCUGGUUAAUUAACACUAGUGUUUAAUCAUAAAUGCAGACAUUGAUCCAUGUAUCUAAAUUGGCUUCAUACAUGAAUCAUUACAUCCUAUUGAAUGACUGGCUUCAUAUGACAAUUAAGGAUUUUCUAAACCCAUUUAAUAGUAUGUAUAGAUUAAUUCAUCUCAAAUUCAGUACAUUUUUAUUGUAAAUGUGAUGUAUUUGUUAUGAGUAAUGACAAUCUAGACUCUUACACUUCUGCCUAUCUCUUCCCCUACUCCUAUCAUCACCCUAACCCUCUUUGCUUUCAUAUAUUGCUUUCUCCUUUCCAUCUAAUUUUCUCCCUCUUUCUCGAUUUUUGUCCCCUUCCUUACCUAGUGUUUGUACUACACCUUACACACAUUCUCCUAUCACAGCUAUCCAACCUGCCUCAUCACAGCCCAUGUUGCUGGUAGUGUCAUUUUAAUUGGGAGCUCCCUGUUGGUCCUUAUUUCCCUUUUUGAACUACCAAACAGCACCUAGUAGGCGGACUAGCCUAGAAUGGGCCAGAUUGCAGCAAGGGCAAGGACUGGGAGGGCAAUUAAAAAGCACAAAGCAGGGGGUCCAAAAUACUGAAGGGGAUAAAAAUCUAUGGUAAGGAAAAGGAAUAGUACUGGUCUGAUCUGGCACCCUUUGAAGUUAGUGGUGAAAUUCCCAAUGGAUUGAGUGGUGCAGGGUUCAAUGCUUAGGCCCUCAAUUCAGCAAGAUAUUCAAGCAUGUGCCUAGUUUCAAUUGGAUUUAGGCAUGUGCUUAAAGUUAAGCAACUGCUUAAGUGCUUAGCUGAAUCAGGGCCAAAUUUGUAUUGUUUGUUUACAUUUUCACAAUAAAGUGUAAGAUCUCUUAAUAGGCUGGUUUUUUACCUGUAUUCAGAAUUUUAAACUAAUUUGGAAUGUUAUUUUUUUCUUUUUUUAAAAAUGUCUGUUUUAUAAUCACAAUAUUUCAGAAUGUGGCUUAGCACUGAUUAAUGUACAUGGCCGAUGUGCUGAAGCACUUGGCUUUGCUUGUGCCUUACCAUAUGGUUUAGGGGACUGGUUCUCCAUUUCGCUACUCCAGUUUUAUCCACUGUGCUUCCACUGAAAUCAAAGAAGUCACAUCAUCUUAAAACUGGUGGAACAAAAUGGAGAGUCAGGCCCCAGAGCUGUAUCUGUAUAGAGCAUUUUUACGUCUUCCUCCCCAAUUUGAUCUAGCACAAACACGACUGCACCAGUGCCAUCAGUGGUGGAAUGGAAGUGCGUGUGUAGGCCACACACAGGAAUGUUUACCACCAUUAUUAUUGUUGUUUAUCAUUAAGGAGCCUGCUUUUAAAAAGUGUUCAGCUCCCAUUUAGAAAGCUAAAUAAGGGCCAGAUUCUCCUAAAUCCUCAGCAUCCAAUUUAUUUUGAGAAUCUGGCUAGUUAUUUUGGUGCCUAAAUGGGGGAGCUGAGUGGGGGUUUUUGUUUGUUUGUUUGUUUUUAAAUCUGGCCCUAUAUUGUACAGAACAGAUAUCUUGAUUAAAAACACCUAUUUCCAAUCUACAGUAGCACUAUCACAUUUAUUAGUUCCAACGGAACUGUAUCUGUGCUAAACCAAUGGUGUUAGAACUGCUAAAAAUUCUCAUUGUAGACUAGGUCAAGGUGUGCAUUAAUUACUGCUAUCACACACUCCAUUGUGUCUUGCUGCUAAAGUGCCUGGCACAUGACUUUUACCCCAAAUGUGUUGAUGCUGGGAGCAGUUAUGACAAAUUGGAAUUAGCAAAUUGAAGUCAUUUUAGGCUAUUGUAAAACUUGUAUUAUUCUCUAGACAGCCUAGAGAUUUUUUUUUCCUUCGCUUUCAGUUCGAAAUCCAAGUGAUACAUCAACGUGUUCUGAUUAAAUGUAGAUUAAUUUAAGGUUAAUUGUGUUUACUAUUAAAGAAAAGUACUUAAUGUUUUUAAAGAGUAGCCCCAAUAAAAACCUUUUCCCAUUGUUACUCUUGCUUUUGCUUUGAUAACCACAUUGAACAUUUACAGCCUGGUUUUCAAAACUGUGUAAUGGUAAAUUGACUGCCUGAUUUGCACGCACACAGUACAAAUUUUUAACAUUUGCAUUUACGGAUUUGGAUUCAGCAUAUGCAGAUAGUGAGUUAUCUGUGCAUCCAGACAGGCAGUUAAACUCACAAAUAGGCAACCAGAUGGAAAGCCCUAUAGAACUUAAUAGGGAUGGAGCCAAUAAGCUUCUAUAGAAACUACUCUAAAAACAGAAUUCAAUAGAGAACAUCCAUUCUUUAGAACUUUAAACCAAUCUAUAGAAUUCCAUAGCAACUAGCAUGGACAUAAUUCUCUAUGAAAUUCUAUUGAUGGUUCAGAAAUUCUAUAGAUAGGUAUAAUUUUCUGUUAAGUUCUAUAUGUUUUUUCCAUAAGGUAUUGAUGUGCAAAUGACCAAUUAUUGCAUAGAAUUGGUGUAAUUGCACACACAAAGUAAGCAUGCAAUUUUGAAUAUAAGGCACUUUAACAUUUAAAAAAGAAAAAUAUGCCUUUCAAAAUUACAGCUUUUGGGGACAAAUUUUACCUAGCAAGCUAGAAAUCCCGUACCAACAACCCUUAUUCUGGCCCCGUAUGGCCUUCGAGAGAAGACAUUCUACAAUCUCUCUGUGACAACUGCCAAGGUGUAAUCUGUACUUCAGUCAGGAGGCAUGAUUCACUUGUUGAUGCAUUUACAGCUUUGAUCCAGCAAUGGUCCUAUGCACAUACCCUUGCACAGAUUUAUGCCUCCAUUUGACAGCAGGGUAUGAAGCUGUUAUCAGUCAGAACACAGGUGCAUAUUAAUGUUGCUUUUACAAUAAAUAUUCAUUUAGGGGGAUCAUUUUGCUUAUUACCAGAAUUUGGUCCUUAGUAUUAAGUCUUACAGCAGUGUAUGUGUGUGUACAUAUUUUUUUCAUGUAAACAUUUUUAACAGGAGUUAGUAGUACAGGAGCUAUAGUAACUUGUUUUUAAAUGUUGCAGAUUUACAGAUCUUUUGCCUGCUUUCACGUUCAUGUGACCAUGCCCUUAACGUUUUGAGUUUGUACUAUAUAUUUUAUGUUGCAAGUGAUUUCCUUUCAAUGUUUGUAGCAGGCUUCACUGGGGGGCCAGCAGGCCUAGUGGGCAGGUCACAGCUCAACAGUCUGAGUCUUGAGAUGGCCUUGCUGGGCAAUCUGAGGGCCCAGCAGCCAAGUUACAGCCAGCCUGGUGCUCCGGGGGUUCUUGCAAUCAGCCAGAGGAGGAGGGAAAGGUAAGGGGACCCAGGCCCUUCUGCUCCACCAGCUCCCAGCCCAGGGCCCCAGGGGAAAGAGAGGAGGGAGAGUCUCAGCCCCCUCUUAGCUGAUUCACCAGACCAGCUUCCCCUGGGCCCCUUCGUACCUCCCUGAUUCUCUCUUCGGUUUGGGGCAUAGUCCCAGCACUCUGCUUCCCUCUCAGAAGUGGGUUGAUCACAGUGUCAACAAUUCAGAUAAGCAGCUGGGGCUUCCAUCUCACUUUCAGCAUCCCCAUUUUUCCCUUGUCGGUGAAGGGGGUCAGGCCCCUGUUCUCCCAGUCAGGUCUUACUCACACUCCAGAUCCUUCCCCUGUAGAUCCCUGUGUCCCAAAAGCUGCAGACAGUCUGUUUUUCCUUCACUCUCCCUGCUGCUUGACUGUCCAAGUCCCCUUUUAAGUAUAUCCUCCAUUUGGAGCAUGCUCUGCGGCUGCUGAGGGGCAGGGCCUUCUUGGUCCAAUACUGCCCCUUCACUCCCUUAGUCUUAGCAUCAGGUCUGUAAACCCCAUCACAAUGUUGUACAUAUUUUUUCCUCCAUGAUCUUGAAAGAAGUGUUGGUUUAAGUAUGAACAAGUCUACUUAUUGCAUACACACUGUGGGCCAAAUUUUGCUCACUUUACUCAUACAAAUAGUCCCAUUAAAGUUAAUGAGGCUAUUGACAUCAGUAAGCUUUGUUGCCAUGUCUGUUCUCAUUUAUAGAAAGAUUGUCCUUUUCAGAAGCACAGUAGUUGCUUGACUCUCUCAUAUGGCGUUGUUAACGUACUACUAUGCUCCUUUGCUGCAUUUCCCUUACUCUAAAGCAUUUUUAAUAUAUGGCAGGCUGCAUGUAUUUUAAUUUUCAACUUUCCUUUUAUUAAAAUAUAAUCCAUUUCAUAUUGUUGUUUAUUAAUUUCAACAGCCUGAUUAAAGACACUCAGUUAAAUCUGGGCUCUGUAGAAUUCUAUGGAUUGACCUAAGUGGGGACAGGAUUUCAUCCCCUGAUUUGAACUGUAAAGCAAAAAUGCAAUCUGAGUUAAACAUAAUUUGAGUUUAUGGGUUGUCCCCAUCUCCUACUACCUGGGCCGUUGGGAAGAUUGGGUGUUUAGCACAAAACACAGCCAAAUUCUGCAAGAUCUGGCCUACAACAUUUAAUAUGCCUUGUUUUAACUUAAGUUUCUCCUCUGAGAAAUCCUCAGUAUGUUCCAUGGGUCCUUUAAAGUGUCCUAGAUGUGUGUUUAAACACUGAGCUUGGCUCUCUGCGGAGAGCCAGCACAAGGGGUGAAAGCCUGGUCCUAUUAUCGUCAAUGGCAAACCUCCCAUUGACUUCAGUGGGGCCGAGAUUUCACCCAAGGACUAUCCACCACCUACGUGGUUCUCAAGUAGGACUAAGGGUUUGGCUUACUGCACUCUCAAGUGUUGGUGAGUCUUUGUGCUAGCCUCUCCAUGGGCUUGAUUUCACCUCGUAGCAAACAAACAAUUAUAAAAGGCGGAAUAGAAAAGGGUAGAGAUGAUGAACUAUCUUUUCUCCCUGACUCCUGUGUCUCUGCUUUCUACCACAAACUGUCCCAGCACCAAGCAGGUGGAUAGCAAAAAUGGAGCGUAUGUUCCACAAUCAAAACUUGUCGGUCGUCAGAUGACAGCCAGCUGUGCUAUCCAUUGUAGCCCCAUGAAAUGCUUGAAAGUGACCCAAAGACAUUUAAACUCCUAUCAACAAAUAGAGUGA